AGCCCACCUUUUUUCCCUCCUCUCUCUCUCUUUCUCUCUCUAUUUCACACUCAAAAUUCUCUCUCUUUUGCCGACCAAAUGAAACCCCAUUGCUAACCCCAAAACCCGCUGUCACUCUCUCUUUCUUUCUCUCUCUGACCAUCAAAUAAUCAAUCACAAAAACAACGCAAAAAGAAAGACAAAAUGCAAGACAUGUUGGGAUCAGUUCGGCGAUCACUGGUGUUCCGUACUUCUUCUCCGGACGGCGAAGAUUCACCUUCUCCAAUCGGAGGACCCACCUUCACUUUGGUCGACAAGAUCAAUUCCUGCAUUCGUAAAUCUAGAGUCUUCUCCAAACCCUCAUCGCCUCUGGCUCCCCCGUCUCCUUCGCCGCCUCCCAUGGCCAAGGACAACACGCCGCCGAUCCGAUGGCGCAAGGGCGAGUUGAUCGGUUGCGGCGCCUUUGGCCGUGUCUACAUGGGCAUGAAUCUUGACUCCGGAGAGCUUCUGGCCGUUAAACAGGUUUUGAUUGCAGCUAAUACUGAUUCAAAGGAGAAAGCUCAGGCUCACAUCAAGGAGCUUGAGGAGGAAGUGAAGCUUCUGAAAAAUUUAUCUCAUCCGAAUAUUGUUAGAUAUCUUGGAACAGUGAGGGAGGAGGAAACAUUAAACAUUCUAUUGGAAUUUGUACCUGGUGGAUCCAUAUCAUCACUUUUGGGAAAAUUUGGAUCUUUCCCAGAGGCUGUUGUUAGAACAUACACAAAGCAGUUAUUGUUGGGUCUAGCAUAUCUACAUAAGAAUGGAAUUAUGCACAGGGACAUUAAGGGGGCCAAUAUCCUUGUUGAUAAUAAAGGAUGCAUUAAACUUGCAGAUUUUGGUGCAUCAAAACAGGUUGUUGAGCUGGCAACUAUUUCUGGUGCAAAGUCUAUGAAGGGUACUCCAUACUGGAUGGCUCCUGAAGUCAUUCUCCAGACGGGUCAUAGCUUCUCUGCUGAUAUAUGGAGUGUUGGAUGUACUGUAAUCGAAAUGGCCACUGGAAAGCCUCCCUGGAGUCAACAGUUUCAAGAGGUGGCUGCUUUGUUUCAUAUAGGGACAACAAAGUCCCAUCCACCAAUACCUGAGCAUCUCUCUGUUGAGGCGAAAGAUUUUCUUCUGAAAUGCCUUCAAAAGGAACCAAAUUUGAGGCCAGCUGCAUCUGAGCUGCUUCAGCAUCCCUUUGUAACAGGGGAACCCAUGGAAUCUCAUCCUGCUUUUAGUACUUCUAUGAUGGAAAAUUCUGAAACCUCUUCACCAUCGAACACCAAAGAUCUGGAAACCUAUAAAAUGAUGACUUGCCUUGAGACAGCUGAUGACUGUAAUUUGGGUAGUUUGAAUUGCUCUACUGUGUCUCCUGAGAAGUCAUUCAAAAGUAAACAUCUUUGGAGAAUAAACAGCAGUGAUGAUGACAUGUGUCAGAUUGAUGACAGCAAUGAUAUUACGAUGGGUGAAGGAAGGCUCAACUCAUCCUUGAUGCCUGACAACUUUAAGAGCUUUAAUCCCAUGAGCGAACCCUCUGAUGAUUGGGUUUGCAAAUUAGCUGCAAGUCCAGAAGCAGAAUGUGAAGGAAUGAAUUUGGAUCCUGAUCAAAAAAUUCAUUUGCGUGGUGGCUGCGCAGAAACUUUUAAUGAUAGGGAAAAAGAUUUUUCUUUUCCUUGUGGACCUUCACUCUCUGAGGAUGAUGAAGAACUUACUGAAUCUAAAAUUAGAGCAUUUUUGGAUGAGAAGGCUCUAGAAUUGAAGAAACUGCAAACGCCUUUAUAUGAAGAGUUCUACAACAGCAUGAAUGGAGCUUGCUCUCCUAGUUAUGUGGAAAGCACAUGUGAUGAAACUACUCCAAGAUACUUGAAAUUACCUCCCAAAAGUAGAUCACCAAGUCGGGGUCCAAUGGGUACCCCAUCUGCAGUGGUUGAUGCUCAUAGUACUGGAAGCCCUGGGAGUAAUGGUAAGCGUGUGUCAAAUAUUUGCAAUGCAAGCGAUCAAAGUUCACAGGACAUUCCUGUAAUUGAUGGUCAGCAGGAGCCUGGUAGUCCAAGCAUGAGCUUUUCUGAGCGACAGAGGAAGUGGAAAGAAGAGCUUGACCAAGAACUUGAGAGAAAGAGAGAGAUGAUGCGCCAAGCUGGUUUGGGAGGGAAAACAUCAUCACCUAAGGAUCGGGCUAUUAAUAGGCAGAGGGAGUUGACAAGGUUCGCAUCUCCUGGAAGAUAAUGGGAACAACUUUUGCAUCUUCAACGUAAUUCAGACUGCUCAAGCUGGUCCUUGAGAAAGAAGUUAUAAUUUUCCUUGGAUUUCACCAUUAGAGCUGCAGUUUCAGUAAUGGUAAAAAAUAAUCUGGUGUGACCAUUUACCCUAUCCCACAAGGAAACAACAGUGAUGCAGCAUCACUCAUCUCAAUUCCUCAUUGCCAUCCUAUGAUUGUGUUCUUGUAUGUUAGAGCCUGAGCUAGUGUAAUUGUGCUAUAUAUGGCACUGGUAAAGGGUAUGCUGAAGCUUUUUUUUUUUCCCCUUUUUCUUUGGGUGGUUCUUGGAGGCAGGUGAAUACAUAUAUUAUCGAGUUUGUAUCGAGUGCACAGAAGUUGUAAUGGUUCUAUAGAAUAAUUUGAGUAUGCACAUGAUAUUUGAAACUUUUAUGGAAAAUACAUAUCCGAUUCUUGUGAUUACAGAAUAAAAUCUUUUUCCUUUUGCAACUCCA